UUAUUUGUUUACAGGAUGAGUUCAACUGACACAAUAAAUGUGACAGCACAGCCAAUCUCUGAGAAUACACACGAGAUGCUGACUUCUGUGUUCCUCGAGACCCGGUCUGCUCAGGUCAUUGCGGGCAUAUUUGUAUGGGCCGCAUUAUUCAUAACUUGCCAACAGAUUUAUCAACACCUGCGCUGGUACACAAACCCGUCGGAGCAGCGUUGGAUAGUACGCAUAUUGUUUAUCGUACCGAUCUAUGGCUGCUACAGUUGGAUCUCGCUUCUCUUCUUCAAUGGCAAUUCGUAUUAUGUUUACUUCUUUACGGUCAGGGAUUGCUAUGAAGCGUUCGUGAUCUACAGUUUCCUAUCCCUAUGCUACGAAUAUUUGGGCGGGGAAGGUAAUAUAAUGUCUGAACUGCGUGGGAGGCCAGUACGAGCGUCAUGCGUUAACGGUACCUGCUGUUUAUCCGGAGCCACUUAUACCAUCGGCUUCUUGAGGUUCUGUAAACAAGCAACACUACAGUUCUGCCUUAUUAAGCCUGUCUGCGCCUUUAUCAUCAUAUUUUUGCAGGUUGCAGGACAUUACCACGAUGGUGAUUGGAGUCCUGAUGGAGGCUACCUCUAUAUAACGAUAGUCUAUAACUUCUCUGUGAGUCUGGCGCUGUACGGUCUCUUUUUGUUCCUUGGAGCGACUCGUGAAAUGUUGAAACCGUUCGACCCCGUGCUUAAGUUCUUCACUGUAAAAUCUGUCAUCUUCUUAUCAUUCUGGCAAGGUGUAGCGCUGGCUAUCCUCGAGAAGGCCGACGUCAUAUCGCCGAUCAUCGACUCGAACGGCCUGCCGACCACGGCCGGCACGGUGUCGGCCGGCUACCAGAACUUCCUCAUCUGCAUCGAGAUGCUGGCGGCCGCCGUGGCGCUGCGCUACGCCUUCCCCGCCGCCGUGUACGCGCACGCGCACCGCGACCCGCACCGCUCCGUCACCAUGCAGUCCAUCUCCAGCAGCCUCAAGGAGACUAUGAACCCGAAAGACAUAAUGACAGAUGCGUUCCAUAACUUCCACCCUCAGUACCAGCAGUACACCCAGUACAGCUCCGUGAUGCGAGGCGCUGGUAUUGGCACUCGUGGCUCAGAAGAAGGAGCAGCGUUGGCGCCUCGACCACCACCCCAACGUGUAGCAACCAUCAGCCAUGCCACAAACUAUCACGAAAAAACGACUCUACUCAGUUCUGAUGAUGAGUUCCAGUGAGAUAAUCAACAGUGUUACCAUGUGAAUACCAAAUAAAUUCGUACACCGUUUUAUUAAAAAACCGGAGGCAUGCAAAACUGAGUCAUUUUCCGGAAAUAUCUUGUAAAAUACAAAGAGUAAUAUCUAUAACUCUUGUUCUUUAAAUAUUGCUAACUUUUUUUAUUUUUUAAUAUUGUGUGGUAUAUUUCUCUGAACGUUCCUAUGCUAUCUGAAAAUUGAGAUAAAUUUUUGAACUCCAAUUAAAAUUAAGAAAAAAAUCCGAUCUUCCAAAGCUGUUGACACGAUGUGAUUUUUUUUUUUAGUUUAUGACGAGAUAUAUUACAAAAAAAAAUAUCCUUUUUACGACGACAAUGGCGCGCCAAGGUUCUAUUGUAUAGUUAUAGAUUAAAAAGAAAAAAAACUGCUCGUAGUUUUGUAACACUGUAACAGCGGUGUACAGAUAUGUAACAUUAAUCAAAGAAAAUAAAAUGAAUUGAAAUAUUA